AUGGUGUACAACACAGAGGCCACGGAGUGGCCCUCGUUUGAAAUCAAUCCCGCGAUCAAAGACCUGAUCUCGCGGUUUUUCAAGCUGCUCGACACACAGGACAGCAGCGUGGGCAACGUUCUGGCAGAUGAGAUCUUCGCACUCAACGGCCGUGCGGAGUUUGGAGGCCAUUUCUUCAACGGCAAAGAAGAGAUUCGAGGGUCGAGAGACAGUGCCUGGAAAGUUGUGACGGAGCGGCGCCACGCUGUCCUCAAAGUCUUCUCGGCAGACCUAGAAGGCAGUGAUUUGUCUUUAAUCGGACACGUCGAGAUGUCUUUCAACAACGGGAAGAGCGUCGAGGGCGAGUUUGCCGGACGAUUGGGCGUCGAAGGCGCUACAGGCUCUUCUCCCAAACUGACGCUGUAUCAAGUCUGGGCUGACUCUGCCCCUGUCAACCGUGCUCUCAUUCGUGAAUGA